AUGUUGCAUUAACCUAAUAUCAAACAGAUGCGUCUUGGAUUCAGGGCUGUACGUUAGGUGCUAAGUUGUAGUUGCUGCGAUCUACUACAGGUUAUACCGUUUCCAGUGAAGGAAGUGGACGGGAUAUCCAAAAAUGAAUCAGUUGUGCCGUCAAGUCAGUAUUGAGAGCCCUGGGCCGACCAUUAACGACUGCGUGUUCAGUUUCGAGGUUCCAGUUCCGGAUGUUCCCCCGAAAGGUGCCAGAAUAAGGGUUGUGUGUGCUGGUGCAUGCUACCGUCUUCGGAGAUCACCCUCGAUCUCCAGUAUUUCUAGUGUAUCUAGUACAUCAAGUUUUUCAAGUGAAAUUUCUCAGGAUGUGGCUUGUGGAACUGCACCAGCCCUUCCACCUCAAAGCCCUGCACAUCAUGGGCUACGAGAUGGUGCACUGUUCCCUGGAUAUGAAGUGGCUGGGAUAGUUGAGUCAUUAGGAACAGAAGUUGAAGACAAUGAAGAGUUCAAAGUUGGAGAUCGAGUGGUGUUGUACCCUUAUGAAGGCGUUCCACAUGGGUAUGCAGAGUUCAUCAUUGUUCCAGAAUUGCAGUACCUGGUGAAAAUCCCUGACACAAUAUCACUGAGUGUUGCUGCCAUGUUGCCCACUGGUGCCCUUCUUGCCAUGAACACAGUCUUCAAAGCACAUGAAUAUGUUGAGAACAUUCUGCGAGAGCGAGGAGAUAAUGGUUCAUGUAAGAUCCUCAUUGUUGGCACUGGUGGCUUAGCAUUGUGGGCCUUGCGCAUUGCUGGUCACCAUUAUCAGAACAUGAAGAAUCGGGUGUCUAUCACUGUUGCUUCACUCAAAGAUGAAGGUUUCCUUUUAGCCCGGGAGUAUGAGAAGGUCAAUGUGGUCCAGUGGAAUGAAGACUUGUAUGAAAAACAACUUAUUGAGCGCACAAAGGAUGCUUGUCAAGGAACUGUUGACAUUGUCAUUGACUUUGGAACCACAUCUCGAAGUCUGCAUCGAUCUCUUCAGUGCCUGAGUAGGGGUGGUGUUGUAUUUAUCAGCUCUGAAGUUGCUGAGAAAUUGCUUCCAAAAUUCAGUCGAAGAGCAGAAGAACGCCAGCAGUGUAUCAAGCCUGUUGACAUGGGCUCCAUUGAACAGCUACGACAAUUGGUUGAGCUAGUGGGAACAGGAGAGAUUGAACCUCCACCACAUUGUGUGUUCCCAGCUGAAGAAGCUUGCGAAGUUGUGAAGAAACUUUGUCAGUCGGAAAUAGCAGGCAGGGCAAUCCUCAGAUUCCAUUCAGUAAAUUAAAACACCUCCAUGUUCCAGAUUUUAAUUUCAGGAUUAAGUCUGCAACAUGCUGAAUCAUGGCAACAUGCCAGUUGAAGAAUAGUUUCAUCUAAGUUUGGUGAAGAGCCAGGCUGUGUUGUGGAAGCAUCCUAUUACAUAGCAUUCUUUGCCACAAAGACCAGGUAUUGCAGGGAAUGCAUUUUGGUCCAGUAUUCAAAUGUUAGUAAAUAGGCUUUGAUGUCCUCAUUAACCACUGAUGAACAAUUAAGAUUUGUUUUAAAAGCAGGGUUUAUAUUAUGAAGAAACACUUUUGAUACAACUUUUAGAAGCUGUGAAGCAUCGAGUUUGGAGGUCUUGUUUUAUUAACCACUCAGCACGGUUUGACAUGUAUGUUUCAUCAAGGGAUUUAAAUGGUUCGCGGGGGUUCGACGACUAUGUAUCGUCCAGCUGCACACCUAUGUUAUAACGCCCAUAAUAAUUGAUGGUUUUGCUGUAGAUUGUUAGAUUUUUCGCUGGCCUGUUGUCAGAAGAACAAUAUAUAUAUGAAACAUAAGUUUAGCUGCGGUGCGUUAUCGUUACCUAUGCCUGUCUUGCAGCAAAAGCGUGUUUCUUCGAGAAGAGAUUUCAUCAUUCAAACUGUUAUGAAUGGCGUGUUUUCUUUCGUAUGAAGUUAUAAACAGCGGAGACGUAUUAUGUGCUGUGUGAAUAAUAUCAUAUUGCCCUGAGCAGGCCACAUCAACCCACUUAAUUAGAAUUCUUAGAAGAGGGGUGUCCAGAAAUUUGUUCUUGCAAGAUCGAUUGAUUUCGCACAGUACAUAGCAGCCAGUUCUUAGAAUAACAUCACGAAUUAAAGGCAGAACACUGUGGUCACCCGCUGUGACGAUACGGGGGGAAAAAAGAACUAAUUCCUUCAUGUAUUAUCGCUCCAGUUGACUCCAUUUUAUCGUACUGACCUUGGUGGUCGAGUCGAGGGAUGCCCAGAAAUUUUGUCCUGAAAGCUAAGCUGCUUUCGUGAACUACAUACCAGCCAGUUCUUAGAAUAACUUCAUGAAUUCUAUGGUCACCCCUAUGACAUCUGCUGCAGCCAAAAUGGAUGGAAUAUGAAACGCAUAGCACCAACCCCUUGUUAUGAUAACAUAAAGGUUGAAUUUACUGCAGCUGAGCUGUCAAGCUAAAGACGCGUGUCUUCAUAAUUUCCAUACACCAGGCCACCAACAGUUUACUUCAAAACUUUGAGUCCUAUCAUGGCUGGCCCUUCCACAAGUCGUGCGCUGACGGAGGUCGAACAAGUGACCGUGCUGAACGAAGUAUUGGAUGACGAAACCCUAAGUAAUUAUAGUUCCGAUGAUGACAGUGCAUCGGACUAUGAUUACACACAACUGGUGCCACCUGAAACCAUCAGUGCUAGUGAAAGGGACAGUGAGCCUGAGGAUAUCGUGGCCCACGAUGAAUUGGAAGAGGUGCCCAGGAGAUUUGUGUGGGAAGAUAUCGAUUCAUUUCACGCUUCGCGAGAAUUGUUUUGUGGUGUGUGUGGUCCCCAGUUCGACACUGCCGAACUAGAUGUCAUCAGUGUUUUCAGUUCGACACUGCUGAACUAGAUGUCAUCAGUGUUUUUGAAAGCAUUUUCGAUAUUUCCCUUGUGCAGCUGAUUGUUGAUGAAACGAACAGGUAUGCUCAACAGGAAAUAUCGAAAAUCGCCAGACCUCUCACAUUUCGCUCUAGGAUUCGGAAGUGGGAAGAUGUGACAGUGGACGAAAUGUACGUGGUUUUGGCACUAAUUAUGUUGACUGGCAUUGAUCAGAGGCCUACAUUGAGGUCUUAUUACUCAAAGAACCGCCUGCUGUUCACUCCGUUUUUUGCAGAGACCUUACCUCUGGAAAGACUUGAGGUCAUAAUGAGAUUUCUGCAUUUUUCGGACAACAGCAAGCAAAAUGAGUACCAAGGCCCUUCCAAACUUUUCAAAAUUUAUCCCGUCAUUCAGCACCUGAGUAGAAAAUUUCAGAUUCUCUAUCUUCCAGGUCACAACAUUGCCAUAGAUGAAUCCUUGACCCUAUGGAAAGGUCGUCUGUCUUUCAAGCAGUACUUGCCACUCAAGGCUGCGAAAUUUGGUAUCAAAACGUUUGAACUCUGCGAGUCUAGUUCUGGUUAUGUUUGGUCCUUUCUUGUCUAUACUGGACAAGGAAUGGAACUAACAAAUCAGUAUGUGACUGCAGAGACAAACAAAACUACAGCAAUUGUAAUAACACUGUUAGAAAAUCUUCUGGGUCGCGGACACACAGUGUGGAUGGAUAAUUUUUAUAACUCCCCUGAUUUGGCUCGUUUCUUGAAGUCUAAAACUACAGACUGUGUUGGAACCUUACGUCCCAACAGGAAAAACGUUCCUCCAUUAGUGAAAAAUAAGAAAUUGAAAAAAAGGUGAACACUGUGCUCAGCACUCAGGAGACGUGGCAAGACAAAAAAAGGGUGACCAUGAUAUCCACAUACCAUAAAAA